CUCGGCGCGUGCUCCAAAUAAAAACCCUAUAAACCCUCUUCAUCGCUGCCACCACAUCGAAACCCUAGAAAUCUCUGCGGCUCGAGCUCGGAAUCGAUGGCGGAUUCAAGGAUCUUCAGCGGAGGGGACGCUGAUGACGCUCACGAACCUGGCCGGAGGCUCUACAAUCCCUACCAGGACCUCCAGAUCCCGCGUCAAAUCGUGUAUGACUUGCCGACAUCGCCGGAGAUACUUUUCCAUGAAGAAUCCACCCGCCAGCACCGAUCCUGGGGCGAGAACCUCACCUACUGCACUGGUGUGGGUUACCUCGCUGGUGCCAUCGCCGGUGGAUCAAUCGGGCUUCGUGAUGGCCUUCGUGCUGCGGAGCAGGGAGACAGCAUGAAGCUCCGGAUCAAUCGUGUGCUCAACGCCUCCGGCCACACCGGUCGCCGUCUAGGCAACAAACUCGGCGUGGUCGGACUUCUAUAUGCCGGGAUGGAGAGCGGGUUGGUUGCUCUUCGUGACAAGGAUGAUUGGAUGAACAGCGUUGCUGCGGGGCUUGGGACUGGGGCGCUCUUCAGGGCUGCGUCUGGGCCGAGGUCUGCGGCUGUGGCUGGGGCGAUCGGCGGCCUGAUGGUCGGUGCUGCGGUGGCUGUCAAGCAGGUCUUCAAGAGAUACGUUCCUAUCUAGGGUUUUUUUUUUCCUUGAUCUCAAAUCCUUAUCUCACUGCUUUAUUGAUGGAGUUAUGGAAUUUUAGGUAUUCUGUGAGAAUUU